AUGGCCGGAGAAGAAGUAGUUGAUGAACGUAAACGAGUAGUCAAAAAAGAUUUUAUUAAGAAAUAUCUCAUUGAAAUAGCCACGAAAAAUGCAUUAACACGCAAUUUAAAACAAGAAGAGAAACAUCAACAAAUAUCGGAUAAAUCACUAAGAUAUAAUAAUGACAAUGAUGUUAAACAAACGAAACAUCCCGAAUCAGACAAUGAGACAAUAAGACGUUCUGUUGUUAGAUGUACGACAAAUGCGCAUAGACAGGUUAAACGUCCAAAAACAACCAAUGUCAGAUAUCGUCAUGUUAUUUAUUCAAAUUCACAAUACGAUCAGCAAACGCCCGAACAAACUCAAUGUAAAAUACUGUCCGACUCUGCCGAAUUUUUAAUUAAAGAAGAGCAGCAUCAAGAAAAUUCUCAUGUGUCGCAUGCGCCUUACUUCGAUCAAUCCUUAUCAUUUGACAGUGUUUAUCCCGUAAAAGAAGAGGGCAAUUAUCUUACAAGAAAAAACGUGAAUAAAAAUGACAAUUCGAUAAAUAAUAAUAUAACAUAUCCAAAUUUACGUUCAACAAUGUUCGAAAAUCAAGAUCGAUUAUGGGAAGAUGUACUUCCAUCAACUAAACAAAUUUCUGAACAUAUACCAAAGACAAAUCAUUGCCUCUCAACGUCGCGAAUCAUUUUGGUACGUUCCCCACACGAACAACAGAUUAACACUCAUCCAGUACAGAAUCCAGUGAGAAGCGUUUUAAUUAAUUCAAACAAUGAUGCUCAACAGUCGUCGUUCCAGUCUUAUCAUCAAAAGUCGACAAAAAGAAACAUUAUAUUAAACGAAAGCAAUGAUGCACAGCAUUCAUCCGAUUCUUGUAAUAAUAAUCAACAUUAUAAAUCGCAAUCUUCACGAACAGUUUUAUUAAAUGAACAAAAUUUUGAAUCACAGAGAAAAAUUGUUAAACUACUACAAAUAAAAAACAAUGGCACAAAUUUUACUUCUGUUCCUCCACUGCCUCUAUACAACGAAAAAUUUCAUUAUAAUAUUGAAAAACCGCCACGUUUUCACCAAAACAGAUUUCCACAAAGUUCAUCAAAUACUAUCAAUCAAGAUUAUAUUAAUAGUCUACAGUGUUUGGUUGAGUCAGAUAUUAAACUUGAAGAAAUAUCUGAUAAUUAUCAUUCUCUACCAUUGAAAACACGACAAAUAAUUCCAUCAACUGACUUAAUCGAUGAAGAACACGAUAUCAACGGUUCAGUUAUAUUCACAAAUAGUUCAUACACAGAAAGUCCUAGUGAAAAAAUCAAACAACAACAAAGUCUGAACUCAUUGUCAUCGUCCCCGCAUCAAAUUAGUUUCGAGACAAACGAAUCGAAUGAACAACGGCAGCAAUUCAAUUCGGGAACACCAUCACCAGAAAAAGUGAUUUCGACGAAUGUAAAACAAAUCGACACCGUUGCUACAUCAUAUUCAUCGCAAAAACAAUCACAAUCACCGUCAAAUGUUGUACAAAAGCACACGCGAAAUUAUCAUUAUCAGCAACAAGAACAAACUUCUCAUUUAUUAUCGUACAACCAACAUCUGUCACCACGUUUUCAAUGUUUACCAGUCAAGAAAAAAGAAUAUAAUCCUAUACAACAAUAUCAACAAGACUUUUUAUCAAAAACUUAUGCUCGAUUACCGCAUUCGUUGCGUCUCCAAGAUAAUAAAUAUCAAACACAAACAGCAAUCUCUCAGCGACAAAUUCAACCAUUAUUUCAAACGAAUAAAACACAAACAAUCAGCAGCCAAGCAUGUUUUUCUAUAUAUUCUAAUAAUGAUCCUAAUCACAUUAAUCAUUCUUCCUCUGUUUCAAAUGGUACUCGACAAAGGAAGAAUUUUCAACCAAAAUUUAAUUAUUCAGAGCAUCAAGAAAAAAGCAAACCGCCACGUUUGAGAGAGCCGGGCUGUUGUGAUGAACCGUGUCACGAUAAUAAUUAUGAUGAAAUAGAUUCAGCAGAUGCAAUAAAAACAUUUAUGAAACAAAAAAUGAUUGAGAUAGAAGAACGUAUGAAGAAGAAUGGAUUAUUAUCAUCUCUUGUUGAUACUCACUGUCAUUUUGACUUGUUAUUUGAUCGUUUGUCAUGUAACAAAACAACCGUCACCGAUUAUUUUGACAAAGAAUAUAAAGAUCUUUAUUUACCGAAUUUAAAAUUUGAAAAAGCGAUUCAAGUUUAUUGGCGACCAAAUCAUUUGACACGAGAAAACUGGAGUCAUUAUUCUAAAUAUUUGGAUGAUCCUCGUGUCUAUGGAACCUGUGGUGUUCAUCCACAUUGGAGUAAUAAAUGGCAUCGGUCAUGCGCCGAUGAUAUUGAACGAUGUCUACAACAUCCAAAAGUUCUAGGAAUUGGUGAAUGUGGACUUGAUUUUGGUCCAAAAAACAAUUGUGAUGAAAAAGACCAACGACGAGCUUUUAUCGCCCAAUUACAGUUAGCUGCCAAAUUUUCAAAACCAUUAGUAAUUCAUUCACGUGAAGCAUACAAAUUAACAUUUGAAUUAAUGAAAGAACAUUUACGACAAAAUCAUAAAAUUCAUUUACAUUGUUUUUGUGGACGAUUAGAAGAUGCCAACAUGUUUACAAAUUAUUUUUCAGAAUUAAAGUUAGGCCUUACACCUUUGAUAUCAACGAAUCGUGGUGCCGUUGUGCGUGCUAUUGUCAAAGAUCUUGAUCUCAACAGAUUAUUAAGCGAAACAGAUUCGCCAUAUUUCGUACCAGAGGAAAUGCCUGGUGUCAAAUAUGCACAUCCAAUAUUUGUUUAUAGUGUAAUAGAAGUGAUAGCACAAGAAAAACAAUUAUCAUUGGAACAAGUAGCACAACAAUUGAGAGACAACACGCGUGCUGUAUAUGGCAUUUAA